CUGAUCCAGAGGGUCCCACACCCCAAGCCAGCUGAUCCAGCACUGCCCCUCUCCCCAGUCUCUGGGGGCCGGCGGUGCCGGGGCCAUGGAGGACUCCCCACCGCUGGCAGCGGAGCUGGAGCACCUCAACGCCUCCCUGAACGAGUCCUGGGCCAACCCGUUCGUGCAGCCGCCGUGGCAGGUGGCCCUGUGGGCCGUGGCCUACGCGCUGAUCGUGGUGGUGGCCGUGGUGGGCAACGCCGUGGUCAUGUGGAUCAUCCUGGCGCACAAGCGGAUGCGCACGGUCACCAACUACCUGCUGGUGAACCUGGCCUUCGCCGAGGCCGCCAUGGCCGCGCUCAACACCGUGGUGAACUUCAGCUACGCCGUGCACAACGAGUGGUACUUCGGCCCCGCCUACUGCCGCUUCCACAACUUCUUCCCCAUCGCCGCCGUCUUCGCCAGCAUCUACUCCAUGACGGCCAUUGCGCUGGACAGGUCAGUGGCU